AUGUCUUCAAACGAAGACCAAUCCAAUCUCUCCAGGUCUCUCAGUCGAGGCAGCCAUCCCCCACUCAAAGGCGCACUCCUCGUACUUCAGGACGAUGGACCGCCUCAGUUUUUAGCCCGUGGGCAUGGCACCCUCACGCACCUGAUCCGUAACCGAUCACACAGCUCGCUGCAGAAUUAUGGCUCCACACGGCGCUUUUCAGGCGCUUUGGAUGGCUCUGAUAUCGAGAGUAGUACCGAAGCAAUGGGACUUCACGGUCCCGGCAGCGAUGAUGGACGCUCCUUGUAUGAGGAGCGCCGUCUCUCUGCGGUGUUGAUGAGCCGCCCCGUGCGCAGCAUGCGGCUGAUCGGUAAUUCAAAUCCACGGUAUCGGUGGGAACGUUACUGGAAGGGCCCUGAAGAGUUGUCGGCUAUGAAAAAGCCGAUUCGGAAGUACUAUGAGCGAACCAAUUAUCUGAUUCAGCAAUAUGUGUAUAUUGAUCGGCUGUUGGAUAGCAGUUUGCCGCACGAUCUGCUGAAUGAGUACAACGAUAUGCCGGCAAGCCACUUUAGGGGUGUUGAGAUCCCAGAUACGAUCCGCGAAGAGCCUCAAAGCGCUAGCCGAAGUGCCGUGGGAAGUUUGAUCGAAGGGAAUGGGAAGAGCGAUGACGAAUCCCCGCCUGUGGAUGAGAACGGAGGUGGCCUUCAUCAUAACGGUAGUUCCUCCGCUCUGAGUGCGAAGAAGGUUAAGCGAACACCAAGAGAUAUUUAUCGAGCCACAGAGACAACGCCAUUGUUCAGUACUGAUGGUGAAGAUGAUGACAUUGAGGAGCUUUGGGACGGAGAAGGUCCAAAACCCAAAAUCCCAUGGCUGGAGGAUGAUGACGAUGUGGACAGCGGUGACCGGAUAGUCACCAUAGCGAUCUACAUAAAUUUUGUCGCCAACUUCAUCCUACUAGCUGGAAAGCUGGCCGUGAUUAUUUCGGUAUCUUCAAUGUCAGUGUUGGCAAGUUUAGUCGACGCCAUCUUAGAUUUUUUAUCUACGGCCAUUGUAUGGAUCACGACUUGGCUCAUUAGCCGCCAGGACCAAUACAAAUAUCCCGUUGGUCGAAGAAGACUCGAGCCGCUUGGAGUUUUGGUAUUUUCGGUCAUCAUGGUCACAUCCUUUGUCCAAGUCGGACUGCAGUCCAUUCAGCGCCUCAUGUCUCCUGACCGUGAAAUCGUCGAGCUCGGUAUUCCAGCAAUCGGCAUCAUGGCAAGCACAAUCGCAAUCAAAGGUCUCUGCUGGUUCUGGUGUCGCUUGGUGAAGAAUUCGAGCGUUCAAGCUCUGGCCUCUGAUGCGAUGACGGAUGUCAUUUUCAAUACUGGCUCGAUUCUAUUUCCUAUCGUCGGAUACUAUGCCAAGAUCUGGUGGCUCGAUGCGCUGGGUGGUCUUCUCCUCUCCUUGGUUGUCAUUUUUAACUGGUCGGAAACCUCAUUGGAACAUAUCAAGAACCUCUCUGGGUUCAGUGCUACAGCAGAUCAGCGCAACGUCCUGCUGUAUCUCACCAUGCGUUUUGCUAAGACCAUCCGCCAGAUUCAGGGCCUGCAGGCGUAUCAUGCGGGCGACAAGCUGAACGUCGAGGUUGACAUCGUGUUGGACGCCAGCACGCCGCUUCGCGAUACACACGAUCUCGCGGAAAGUCUUCAGUAUGUCCUUGAGAGUGUGCCAGUUGUGGACCGCGCUUUUGUACAUACGGAUUAUGCUACAUACAACCUACCGACUCAUAUGUCGCAGCAAGGGUAA